GACAGCGUCCUCACCACAGCCAGCGGCGCCGGCGCGGCCUGGCCGGGGGGCCCGGGAGAGGCGGCCAUGUCCACCCCCUUCUCCAACAUCACUCUACGGCUGCCCGACGGCUUCCAAAACCUCCUGGAGGGGCUGGCAUGGGAGGUGCUGCGGGCACAGCCCGCCGAUGUGGUGGCUUUCGCCGCUCAGCACUUCCAAAAGCUGCUGGAGCAGAGAGAGGGCAGCUCAGCCGACCCGGAGGCGCGGGAAGCCCGGCAGCAGGACCACCUUCUCCCCCAGCCCCCCGUCCAGGACGAGGAGAAAGAGGACAAGGAGAAGGAGGAGAAGAUGGGGAGCACGGGCACGGUAAGGGACACAGCGCCCGCACCCAAAACCGGGCUGUUUGAGCCCAAAAAAGCAUCCGGGGCCGGAGGCGGGGGGGAGGGGGGGGGGAAACUGCCAGCACCAAACCACCAAAAUUCCUCCCCAAAAAUCCUCCCUGGGGAUGCGGCAGAGAGGAACGGAUCCCCGGGGGGAGAGGGGGACGCACGCCCCCGUAACCCUCUGGAAAAGGGCCCCCCCCGGGGCCUGCUCCAAAUCCCCCGUUUGGCCCCCCCCCAAAAAAACCCCAAAUUGGGGGACGGUGAGGAGGAUGAUGAUGAUGAUGCCGGUGAUGGCAAAGAGGAAGGUCAGUGCCACCAGACCUCCGAGCAGGACACGGCCCCGUGA